AUGGCUUUGGGUGAAACUACGUUCCGACACACCGCGCAUUUGCCUAGUCAAAGCGUCAUGAGGUUUCUCUCCCCAUGGAUUCGUUCCGCAUGCAUUUCUGUCGCUCUUCAUUUCCCUCGAUUGAAAACGUCGGCUGCAUGUCUUUCGACAGUGCCUCCAUCCGAGAAUCCAUCAUUUGAGCGUGUUAAAGGAACCCCUAAAUCGCUGAAUGUCACAGAGGAGCGGCGCCCUGUCGCAGCAUUCCGUAGAUUCGGAACUUUGAACCAGCAUCAUCUUCGAAAAUCUGAUUUCGUGAAGCUCGACGGCGAGUUGUCCGCCUGCCAUGUGGAAAAUAUCGAACAAGGCGUCUCUGCGUACAGCGAAAAAAUUCAAUUCACCUACGGGUCACGACGGCCGUUUCCCCCGGAAACUCAUGGAUUUUUCUACUACUGGGCGAACCCAGAUAUACCCACUGAGGGCCAAAUCCGCUUCCGUGUGACCCGAGACAGCGAACCUUCUAGCUUUGUCAGCGGCUCCGAUCUUCUUGCUUUGGACGGCCUCCCAUGGUGUAUAACAAUUUUCCGGGCGUUUACGGUGUUGGGGUAUAGUCCUUUAGGCGAAUUGCUUGUCAAGGAAAAUCUGGGCACCAAAGAGAUCGCGGAACAAGCGAGGUCUCUGCGCACACGUCUCGGCCAGAUGACCGUCAGACGCUUAAAUGUAAAACGAAUCCGCCCGGUCAUGAAACUUGGCCAGGUGUUCCCUAUGAAUCUUUCGAGCCCCACAUUCGUCAUCUGGACUGAUCGUGAAGACGUCGCCACCGAGACUAGGAAUUUUCAUCCGUGGACGUAUAAGUCUACUAAUCCCAGGACGCAGCGACGCACAUACUCUGCUUUUGAUGCAGGCCUCAUUCAUGUUUGUUUUGAACGCUCUCCCUUGCCGGCUCACGCUGGCAAGCGAGUUUUAGCCAUGCGCCUCGUGAGGAUUGUAGAGCCUGUCCGGUUGAAACCGCCCGAGCAGAUCAACAGGAAAAGACUGAUGCCUCCCCUUGAAGAGGGAAAAUUCAUCAUCCGGGCAACAAAUAAGCUGUGGACGAUAGACUGUGAAGGCUCGGGCCAGAGGGCCAUCGCAUUUAGACGUCUUUUUGACGGCCAGAUGUCUGAUGGAGGGGUGGUUGCUGAGGAGGGGCAAUCGUAA